GAGGUUGGAGGGGGCGAGACAGCUGCUCCACCAGUCGCUCUCCAAGCCCUUAUUCAUUCCUCCUCUGCUCAUUUCCUUCUCUAUCUUUAAAUGGAUCUUCCAUGAUUUCCUAGAUGUGUCUUUGGGAUAUAUGGACCACAGCGUGUGUGUUAGUGUUCAUGGGAUCUGAAGGACCUGUGCUUGUGUGUGUUUGAGCAAUGCUGCGUGUGUUCAUUCUGUGCGCGGAGCGUCUACAAACGCCGGACGACGACAUCAGUGAUGCCUACUGCAGUGUCACCUAUGAAGGGUCAAAGAAGAAGACAAAGGUCAUUAAAAACAACCCCAACCCGGUCUGGAACGAGGGAUUUGAAUGGGACCUAAAGGGGAUUCCUCUGGACUCUGGAGCAGAAAUUCACUGCGUGGUCAAAGAUCAUGAGAAAAUGGGAAGAAACAGGUUUCUGGGUGAAUGUCGCCUCGGUCUCAGAGACGUUCUCAACUCUCCCAACUUUGCUGCCACCUUCACCGUCUCCCUGUUGGACACAAAGAGGAACAACACCGGGGCCACGCUGACCCUGCAGGUCUCCUACAUCCCUCCUCCAGGAUCGGCUCCCGUUUUCCAUCCUCCCUCACAGCCGGAGUCCCUUCCUCACAGCAACCCCAACAUAGAGCUGGACACAGUUACAAUGAUUUCUCUGGAUACUCUGGGCGAGGAGGACACAGAGAGCAUGAUCAUGGUGGAGCCUGCGGAGGAACCGGGAGUUGACGACAGUCAGUCCCUGGUGAUCGUCGGCCCCCCGGGGCCUCCUGGCCAGGAGUCGCCCACCAACCAGACGCCCAAACGCUUCCCGCCGGCCUACAACACGCAUGGAGGGCUGAGGAAGAGGAAGAGAGGCACCAGCAGUCAGCCCAAACAGCUGGCCAACAAACCUCAGGACAUACAGGUUCGUGUUCGGGUCGUUGAAGCUCGACAGUUACCUGGAGUCAACAUCAAACCCGUAGUGAAGGUGGCAGUUGCCGGGCAGACUAAGAGAACCCGCAUCAGAAAGGGAAACAACCCAGUCUUCGAUGAGACAUUCUUCCUGAACUUUUAUGAGACGCCUUCAGAGCUGUUUGACGAACCCAUCUUCAUCACUGUGUGUGACUCUCGCUCACUAAGAACUGAUGCUGUAAUCGGUGAAUUCAAGUUGGAUGUCGGCACUGUCUACAAUGAACACAGACAUUGCUUUUUGAGGAAAUGGCUUCUGCUGUGUGACCCUGACGACCUCUCUGCCGGGGUCAGAGGUUACCUGAAAGUCAGCGUGUUUGUCCUGGCAGCUGGAGAUGAACCACCGGCUGAUAAACGGGAGUGUGUUGAGGAGAAAGAGGACAUCGAAGGAAACCUGCUGAGACCGGCCGGCCUCUCUCUGAGAGGGGCCGUCUUCACGCUCAGGAUCUUCAGAGCUGAAGAUUUACCUCAAAUGGACGACGCCUUCAUGGAUGGAAUGAGGCAGAUUCUUGGGUUUGACACCAACAGAAAGAACUUGGUGGAUCCGUUGGUGGAGAUCCACUUUGCUGGAAAAACGGUCUGCACCAAGAUUUUGGAGAAAAACGCCAAUCCUCAGUGGAACCAAAGCCUGGCAAUGCCAAUUAGAUUUCCCUCAAUGUGUGAGAAGAUGAGGAUUCGAAUUGUGGACUGGGACAGAGCUAGUCACAACGACGUGAUCGGUACCACCCACCUCUGCAUGUCUAAGAUCUCGGCCCCUGGAGGAGAGAUCGACGAUGACUUGACUCCUCGGACCGUCCACUCAGGCAUUGAUGACAGCCUUGGUUUCCUGCCGACGUUUGGGCCGUGUUUUGUCAAUCUGUACGGGAGUCCCAGAGAGUUCACCGCCUUUAACGACCCUCAUGAAGCUCUAAACCUGGGAAAAGGUGAAGGCGUGGCGUACCGCGGCAGAGUUUUACUUGAACUGACCACCAAGCUGACGGAGAAGCCGGAGCACCGAGCAGAAGACGUCCCAUCAGACGACCUGCUGGUGGUGGAGAAGUUCCUCAGAAAGAGGAAGUUUUCUCUGUUUGUGGCGUUUUACUCAGCCACGCUCCUGCAAGACGUCGACGAUGCCAUCCAGUUUGAGGUCAGCAUCGGUAACUAUGGCAACAAGUUCGACUAUACCUGCCUCCCUCUGGCCUCCACCACACAGUUCAGCAGGGCCGUGUUUGACGGUUGCCACUACUAUUACCUCCCCUGGGGAAACAUCAAGCCGGUGGUAGUUCUGUCGUCAGAGUGGGAAGACAUUCGACCGAGGAUUGAGGCUCUCAACAUGCUGCUCGCCAUCAUAGACAGACUGGAGACAAACCUGCAGCAGGUGCAGCUGGAGGUCAAGGCAGGGAGCGAUAUGGAGGACGUAGAGCUGCGAGUUGUAGAGCUGCUGGAUCAUCUAAUCGCAGACUGCAGUGAGGAGCUGCCCGCUCUCGACCAGUGGCAGUGCGCCACUCCUCUCGAUCGCUCGCUCAGGCACAUCCGCAGCCUCCACCUGCAGCAGAUCAUGGCGGCGGCGCUGACGCUGAAACAUGGGCCAGAAACCGAGCUUUCUUUGGUGCUGGAGCAGGCAGAGGACUGGGCCAACAGACUGCGGACGAUCGCCGAGGAGCCUCAGAACAGCCUUCCAGACAUUGUGAUCUGGAUGCUGCAGGGUGACCGCCGGGUUGCGUAUCACCGCAUCCCAGCGCACACAGUCCUCUUCUCGCAGCAGUACUGUGGGAAACACUGUGGACAACUGCAGAGCGUCUUUCUCAAGUACCCGCAGGGCAGCGGCGGAGAAGCCAAACUUCCGGGUCAGCUGAGGGUGAAGGUGUGGUUCGGACUAGCUGCUGACGCCAAACAUUUCAACCAGUUUGCUGAAGGAAAACUGUCCGUGUUUGCUGAGACGUACGAGAACCAGACCCGGCUGGCUCUGGUGGGAAGCUGGGGAACAACGGGUCUGACCUACCCGAAGUUCAGCGACGUCACGGGGAGAGUGAAGCUGCCCAAAGAGAGCUUCAAGCCCUCACCUGGAUGGACCUGGGCUGGAGACUGGUUCAUCAGCCCCGAAAGGACGCUGCUGUUUGACGUGGAUGCCGGUCACAUGACCUUCACAGAGGAGGUGUUUGAGAACCAGAUGAGGUUACCGGGCGGACAGUGGAUCGGCAUGCCGGAGGGCUACACCGACGUGAACGGGGAGAAAACGGUGCCGAAGGACGAGGUGGAGUGUCCUCCUGGGUGGGUGUGGGACGAGGUGGAGUGGAGCGAAGAUCUCAACAGAGCCGUUGAUGAUCAAGGUUGGGAGUACGGCAUCACCAUUCCUCCGGACCGCCGACCAAAGUCUUGGGUUCCUGCAGAGAAGAUGUACCACACCAACCGGAGGAGGCGAUGGAUCCGGAUGAGACGGAGAGACCAGCAGAAGAUGGAGGCUCUCAGGAAGCAGCGACCGGAUGAUUCAGACAGGGAGGGCUGGGAGUACGCCUCGCUGUUCGGCUGGAACUUCCACCUGAAGCCCAGGAAGACGGACAGCUUCAGGAGGCGCAGGUGGCGCUGCCGCAUGGAGCCGCUGGAGAAGACCGGACCGGCCGCCAUCUUUGCUCUGGAAUGUUCUCUGAGCAGCAUAGAGGACAAACAUGACGACAAGUCAGUCACCACCACUUUUGGAGUCAACAGACCAACCAUUUCCUGUUUCUUUGACCGCGGGACCCGCUAUCACCUGCGCUGCUACAUGUAUCAAGCGAGAGACCUGCUGCCAAUGGACAAAGACAGUUUCUCAGACCCCUACGCCAUCGUGUCGUUCCUCCAUCAGUCCCAGAGGACGGUGACCGUCCGCAACACCCUCAACCCCACCUGGGAUCAGACGCUCAUCUUCUACGAGGUGGAGAUUUUCGGAGACCCCGAUGCGACGGCAGCCAAUCCCCCCAACAUUGUGGUGGAGCUUUAUGACGAGGACUCAUAUGGAGCGGAUGAGUUCAUUGGUCGCUGCGUGUGCCAGCCGUCCCUCGCUCCAUCGCCUCGACUCGCCUGGUUCCCUGUUCGCAGAGGGAGUUCGGGCGCCGGCGAGCUGCUGGCCGCCUUCGAGCUCACACGUAGAGAAAAGCCAGCAGUUCACCACCUUCCAGGACUAGAGGGUGAUGCCGUCAGUUCAACCCACAUACUGGACGAGAUCCCUCAGUUGAUGUUUCCAGGAUUCCUGUCUGAAAACCUGCAGCAAUGGCCAGAUGAGUCGGACCUUCCCUAUCCGCCCCCCCAGAGAGAACCCAAUGUCUUCAUGGUUCCCCAGGGGAUCAAACCCGUUCUGCAAAGAACGGCCAUUGAGAUCUUAGCGUGGGGCGUUCGAAACCUAAAGAGCUUCCAGCUGUCCAGCGUUACGUCUCCCAGCCUGCAGGUGGAGUGUGGAGGCAGCAUGGUGCAGAGUUGCGUCAUCCGCAGCGUGAAGAAGAAGCCAAACUUUGACGUCAACACGCUCAUCCUUGAUGUGAGACUUCCCCGUGAGGAGCUCUACAUGCCGCCCAUCAUAAUCAAAAUUAUUGACAACCGUCAGUUUGGGAGGAAGCCGGUGGUCGGUCAGUGCACCAUCCGGUCGCUUGAGGAGUACCGACGCACAGAGGAGGAGGAGCGAGCAGAGGAAGAGGAGGAGGAGGAAGGGGACAGAUGGAGACGCGAGACACCGACGUUGACCUCUGGGGAAGUCUUUGUUGACAUUGAUGAUCAGGAGCCGCUUGUUCCUGACCAGUUUGCAGAUGGAGCCAGUUCAGCUAUCAUUAACCUCUCGACCUCUAGUUCCAGCCUGCAUAUGUUACAGUGGGGAGAGGAGUCCAUGGAUUGGUGGAGUAAAUUCUACGCAUCCAUCGGAGAAAAAAACAAAUGUGGUACUUACUUAGAGAGAGGCUUCGACACCCUGAAGGUGUAUGACCAGGAGUUGGAGAAGGUUGAAGGUUUUGAGGGUCUCUCUGAUUUCUGCCAAACAUUCAAACUGUACAGAGGAAAGACUCAGGAUGAAGGAGAAGACCCUUCAGUGGUGGGAGAGUUCAAGGGUAUGUUUAAGAUCUACCCGGUGCCAGACGACCCGUCAGCUCAUGCUCCGCCCAGGCAUUUCAGGAAGCUGCCUCCCAACGGCAUCGAGGACUGUCUGGUCCGGGUCUACGUCAUCCAGGCCCAAGGACUGCAGCCCAAAGAUGCUAAUGGGAAGUGUGACCCUUAUGUCAAGGUCACCUUGGGGAAGAAGUCCAUCAGUGACCAUGAGAACUACAUCCCCUGCACCUUGGACCCGGUGUUUGGAAGGUUGUUCGAGCUCAGCUGCUCCCUCCCUCUGGAGAAGGACCUGCGGGUGACGUUGUACGACCACGACAUGCUCACCAAAGACGAGAAGAUCGGAGAGACGCUGAUCGACCUGGAGAACCGCUUCCUGUCCAAAUAUGGAGCCACGUGCGGCCUGCCGCAGUCCUACUGCAUAUCAGGGGUCAACCAGUGGAGGGAUCAGCUGACUCCCAGGCAGCUGCUCUGCAGGCUGUGUGAACGACGAAACUUGAGGAAACCCGUGUAUGAAGACGAAGCAGUCCGGUUCAGAGGGCAGAGACACACGGCCGCAGACCUGGAUGACAGAGACGUGUCCAAGCGAUACCUCGGUCCACUCAAGGAGCGGCUAUCCCUUCACAUCUUGAGGAAAAUGGGCCUGGUACCCGAGCAUGUGGAGGUCCGACCGCUUUACAGCCCGCUGCAGCCCGACAUAGAGCAGGGGCGACUGAUGAUGUGGGUGGACGUCUUCCCCAAGUCUCUUGGACCGCCUGGACCCCCGUUCAACGUUACGCCACGCAAGGCCAAGAAGUUCUUCCUGCGUUGCAUCAUCUGGAACACCAGCGACGUCAUCCUGGACGAUGUCAGCGUCAGUGGCGAAAGGAUGAGCGACAUCUACAUCAAAGGUUGGCUCGACGGACAUGAACACAACAGGCAGAAGACGGACGUCCAUUACCGCUCACUGGGCGGCGAGGGAAACUUCAACUUCAGGUUCCUGUUUCCCUUCCAAUACCUGCCAGCAGAACAGCUCUGCGUCGUCGAUAGGAAGGAACAUUUCUGGAACAUCAAUAAAACUGAAACCAAGCUGGCUCCUAAACUCACCAUUCAGAUCUGGGACAAUGACAAGUUCUCCUUUGACGACUACCUUGGCCACGUGGCGAUGGACCUGAACCACAUGCUGCGUCCUGCUAAGUCCCCAGAGAAAUGCACCCUGCAGACACUGGACCAACCCACGGACAAACUGGUGUCUCUGUUUGAACAGAAGACGGUCAAAGGGUGGUGGCCCUGCACCUGUGAGAAAAACGGGGAGAAGAUCAUCGCGGGAAAGGUGGAGAUGUCUCUGGAGAUAGUGACGGAGCAGGAACAGGAGGAGAGACCGGCUGGGCUCGGCAGGGACGAGCCCAACAUGAACCCACACCUGGAGGAGCCUCAGCGUCCUGAGACGUCCUUCCUGUGGUUCUCCUCCCCCUAUAAGACCCUCAGGUUCAUCGUGUGGCGGCGAUUCAAAUGGUUAAUCAUCCUUUUCAUCAUCCUCUUCCUCAUUUUCCUCUUCCUCGGUGUCUUCCUCUACUCCUUCCCGAACUAUGCUGCCAUGAAGAUGGUUGGACCGUUUGGACCACCCAAAGCUAAUGGUCUAUGAAGAAGAAAUGUGAGAAAUGAGAACAAAAAGUCAAAAUUAUAAUGGGAAAAACAUUUUUGAAAGUGAAAAUCAUGAACCAAAACUCUGUACCUUUAUUAUAUCCCCUACAUCAUGACCCAACACAGAUUUAUUUUAGCGUGCGCUAACACUCUGUUCUCUGAUGAAACAAUUCAGAACAUCUGCAUGAUAAAAAAAAACAAACAAAAACAUUUUUAAUGCUUUAAGAUGCAAAAUCAAAACAGGCAGUAAUCCAAAGAUACUUUAUUUAUCCGAAAGAGAAAUUAAAUGUUGUUGCAGAUGGGGAUGCUGUGGUCAGGAAGAAUCUCCACUAGCAGUCAGUCUUCCAACGCACCUGUAGAAGCCUCUGACUGAAGACUGUUCCAUGACAUCCUAACAGCUGAAUAAACAGGAAGCAGAGGUGAUUUUUCACAGUAAAACAUCCUGAAUGACAUCGAUUGUUUUUUGCUAGCAAUGCUAAUCCACCUAAUUUCCUUUGCUGCUCCGCUUUAAGUAAAGCCGAGCAGAGAGAUGCUGGAGUAGGGGAUGUGAUGAUGUGAUUCUUCUCUCUCUGCCUCCUUUUUCUAUUCCUCUUAGAUUUGAGGUCAAAGUUCAGGUGUUAUUUGAAUUUUUGAGAUGCUAAACAGCUGCUUCUAGUUGUAAAAACAAUACUUUGUUGCUAUGGUUACGCAUCAUAAUUGUCCAAAAGUAGAAAAAAGAAGGAAGAGCAAAAGCCUAAACUGUCCAGACUUGAAAUGUUUCAACCAAAUAAAUUUUGAACAAAAGUAAGACGUUGGUUUGUUUUGCUCAGAAUCUCGGUGAGGUCACAUGAUGCAUUCGGGUGUUGUGGGAUUUCUUAUUAGAAACAAAUUAAUAUCUCCUUUAUUAGCAUUUUCCUGUUUGUUUUCACUUAAUCGUCUUUAUUUAAUUUAACAUUUUUGUUUCUGCCUCUUUUGUCUCUUAUUGUUAGUCGCCUUUCUACUCCAGGGGUGUUCAAUGUGCGGCCCAGGGCCAUUUGUAGCACUUACUCUGAUUUUUUUUGUGGCACCCAACUUUUCAUUUUUAAUCGUCGUAAAGUUAUUGACAUAAUUUGUUUGCAAUUAAAAAUAUUAAUUACAAUUCAAAGUAUUGUUUUUACAACCAAACUUUUAGAAACUUUCACUGAAAAGUUGAUUGAUCUGAGCAUAAAUCAGCUCUUAUUUAAUUUACUAAACUCUUCUAAAUAUGUAGCAAGUAUUUUAGAAAAAGUGACCCAAAUCCUGGUCUUGAAUACAUUUGUUCAUCUCAUCAAAAAAUAAUUUAAAAACUAAAUUUUUAAUGUAGAAAAUUAUCUAAAUCCGUGUUAAUGAAUGAAUAACAUCAAUUUCCUACAAAAAAACCUAAACAACCACGCUGCUUUAUUCACUUGAUUUUAGUAAUUUGUAUUUCAUUAUUAUUUUAUUGUGGUAAAAUAAACACUAAAAAAAGCUAAACAAACUUUGAAUCACAAUCUGCAUGUUUAAGUUAUGUUCCGUCUUUGAGCUCAGCCUAAGUAACAGUAAUGUAGCCUAGCAUAAACUUGUCAUUAUCCGGCCUCUCGGUCCUCGGGGUUCAGCAGGUUAAGUCUCGGAUUUGUUCUUGUUGAUCUCAGAGCUUCGGGUCUAUUAGUUCAGAGAUGAAGCAAGUUGAUACGAACUCAUAACGCCGGCGGUGUGUAGCUCCUACAGCAGCGCCGGUCCAAUAAAAACAAUCAGAAACGUUUGGAUAGUUUAAACAUAAAAAAAUUCCUAACAAAUCUUUCCCAAGCUGGAUCAAAACAGCCUUUAAAUUGACCAAAAAUGUUCAGAAUCAAAAGACUAAAAAUAAGCAAAACAUCCAGAUUUGGGAACGUAGCAGGAUGCGUUCAGGCGCAGAAACUGUUUCGUUUGGUUUAGGCAGUGGGGGGGGGGUGAAAACUUUACACUCAGGUUUUACAUUAGCUAAGUGGUGGGCACACUUCUGCUAAUGCUACUAGCGCAAUCCUAAUGCCACUGCUAAACACUGCAAAAACACAAAAUCUUAAUUCAUUUUGGUUUAGUUUCUAGAGCAAGUAUCUUAUUUAACUUGAAAUAAGACAAACUAACUCAAAAGUUAAUUUUCAGGAACAUAUAGAGGCUUGUUUUAUGUAAAUAAUUCCUUAAUAUUGAUGAAAAAGUUCUAUUGACAGAUUAUAGCCAAAUUCAAGGUCUGCAUCCUUGGAAGGAUCGGUCUACGUAGACCGGGUCCUACGUGAUCCGGUCCAGCCUCCACCAACUGUCCCCGCCCCCACCUCAGCGUAACUCAUGUUGCCUAGCAACCGUGACAGCGUGAAGCAGAGAGCGGCGAAGAAGAAAAAACAACGGAGCUCAAGUUUGUUUAUUUGUCGUGCAUUACUCCUGAUUUCUGUAUUAUUCUUCACCUUUUAUUGUAAAGGCUGUUCCGUAGUAAAAAAUAAAUCUGUUAGUUUGAUUCUAAAAUGUUCAAACAUGUGUUGCACAUUUCUACCAGGAAUAAAUAUAAGCAAAUUAUUCAUUUUCAAAUACUCUCCAAAUCUUGGAUAAGCCGUUACAGUUAAAUAAAACUAGUAUGUUUGAAGGCUUAACUUUAAUCAAUCAAACCGAUUUGCUCAGGAAUAAAUUAAAUACUUUAGUAAACCAAACAUUUUACAACUAGAUAUUACCUGUCUGGAUAAUAUCGGUGUUUAACUUCCACUCAUUGGGGAAAGCUAGCGGGAGUUUUAUAACAAUGUAUCAGGAGUCAGGCGUUCUCCUCCGGUUUACCGAACCUGAAGCUCCCGGCCAGCUGGCAGCUGGCGAGGGGAGCUGGCUGUUAACGCAGCGGGAGCAGACAUGUCCGAAAAUAUCAGAGCAGGUUACGUUUUGGUGAACCGAGCAGAUAUUUGAGACUAACACACUGACAUUCUUGCCUAAAAACAUUGUACAAAAUCACAACGUUUUUAGUUGUGUCAUUUAAAGUGUAAUUUAACAAAAUUAUUUGCCGCUCUUCACCGCUAUUGUCGCUCUGCCUGAUCGCCCGGUUGGGACCUGCAAUGAAUUAUGGGAUAUGUUGGGCCGUGAAAGAUACACCGGACCCAUCCUUCAAAUCUGGGGAAAAGAAGGACGCAUUUGGAGGCUGCAUGUGAAGGAGUCUUUGAAUCCAGACAGGCCUUGUCGCCACGCUAUGAUGUAAUCUGCCUACAAAUCCAUCCUUCGAAGGAUGCAGACCCUGAAUUCGGACACAGCUUAUUUCACUUUUAACAUGGGGAAAUGUCUUGUUAUAACUGAAAUAAUCCGCCAGUGGAACUAGAACUUGGUUGCUA